AUGUGGCGCCGCAUUCCAGCAACAGGUGCCCGGCACGCAACCUCCUUCAGGACAAAGGCCGCCUACGCCACCGCAGGAGCAACCACCCUCGCUCUCUCAGGAUACUACUACAACCUCAAGCAGCAACAACGCGCCUUCGAUGACGCGUUCGAAUAUCCUCCCCAGUCCUCCAUGAUCUAUCUCGAGCCUCAGCAGGCCUCCAGAGAUCCUACUCGCCCACACGCCUUCUGGGCCCCACCCUCGCGUGAGGAUAUGAUCAGGAUGCUUCAGGAAGGUCCCGGUGCCAUUAUCAAGGAAAAGGCUGCCGCCGCUGCCGCUGCUGGAGCUACUCCUGAGUCAAAACCUGUUGCUGAUGCACCAGCAACACCUGUGGAAGACGACGAGGACUCGGACGUGUUCGAUCUGUUGAUUAUUGGAGGCGGUGCCACCGGAGCUGGAUGCGCCGUCGAUGCCGCGACUCGUGGAUUGAAGGUCGCCAUGGUGGAACGUGAUGAUUUCUCAUCUGGAACAUCGUCCAGAUCAACCAAACUCGUCCAUGGAGGAGUCCGGUAUCUGGAGAAGGCUUUUCUCGAACUCGACAUUGAGCAGUACAAGCUCGUCAAGGAGGCACUAAACGAGCGCGCCAACUUCUUGAAGGUCGCUCCUUACCUCAGCUACCAGCUCCCCAUCAUGCUGCCCAUCUACAAGUGGUGGCAGAUGCCUUACUACUGGGUUGGAUCAAAAGCCUACGACUUGCUGGCGGGUCAUCAGGGCAUGGAGAGCAGUUACAUUUUGAGCAGAGGCAAGGCUUUGGAGGCAUUCCCUAUGCUCAAGAACGACAAGUUGGUCGGAGCCAUGGUCUACUAUGACGGACAGCACAACGACUCCCGCAUGAACGUUGCCCUCGGAUUGACUGCUGUCCAGUACGGCGCUGUCAUUGCCAACCACGUCGAGGUUAUCGAGUUGCAGAAGGACGAAAACAAGCGUCUCUGCGGUGCCCGUGUCCGUGAUGUGAUGACUGGCAAGGAGUUCAACGUUAAGGCCAAGGGUGUCAUCAACGCAACUGGACCUUUUACUGAUGGAAUUCGUCAACUGGAUGACCCCUCGAUCGAGGCGAUUGUCGCACCCUCCGCUGGAGUCCAUAUCAUUCUCCCCAACUACUACAGUCCCGGCAACAUGGGUCUCUUGGAUCCCGCGACCAGUGAUGGCCGUGUCAUUUUCUUCUUGCCCUGGCAAGGAAACACCAUUGCAGGAACCACCGACUCCCCCACCGAAGUCACUCCCAACCCCAUGGCGACCGAGGAGGAGAUCAACUGGAUUUUGGGAGAGGUCAAGAACUACCUCAACCCCGAUGUCAAGGUCCGUCGCGGAGAUGUCUUGGCUGCCUGGUCGGGUAUCCGCCCCUUGGUCCGUGACCCUGCUGCCAAGAACACCGAGGGGUUGGUUCGCAACCACAUGAUCAAUGUCAGUGCCAGUGGAUUGUUGACGAUUGCUGGAGGCAAGUGGACCACCUACCGUGCCAUGGCUGCCGAGACGAUCGAUGAGGCCAUCAAGGAGUUUGGUCUCUCACCCGCCCGUGGCUGCUCGACUGAGCGCGUCAAGUUGAUUGGAUCCCACGGAUACAGCAACACCAUGUUCAUCCGUCUCAUUCAGCAGUUUGGUCUCGAGACUGAGAUUGCUCAGCAUUUGGCCAACAGCUACGGAGACCGUGCCUGGGCCGUUGCCUCGCUCGCCCAGUCGACUGGCAAGCGCUGGCCUGUCUUUGGACGGAGAGUGUCGAACCAGUACCCUUACAUUGAGGCUGAGAUCCGCUAUGCUGUCCGACGUGAGUAUGCCUGCACUGCUGUCGAUGUGUUGGCCCGCCGACUCCGUCUUGCCUUCUUGAACGUCCAUGCUGCUUUGGAUGCUCUCCCCAGGGUUGUUGAGAUCAUGGCUGAGGAGUUGAAGUGGGAUGCUGCUCGUCAGGCCAAGGAAACUGAGGAUGCCAAGGCAUUCUUGACCACCAUGGGAUUGCCCGUCAGCCCUAUUGCCUACCCUAUUAAUGUGCCCGAGGCUGUUGUCGGACAUCCCGUUGGUGAGGGUGAGAAUGUUCAGCAGACGGGCUUCUGGGGUCGUAUGAGCGGCAAAUCUGCAUCUGGAGCAGAUGUUGACGACUCUUUCUACUCGCGUGCCCAGUUCAACCCUGAGGAAUUGGCUGAAUUCCAUAAGGUCUUUGGCGCUCUUGACCAUGACGGAGAUGGUCACAUUGACGGACGUGAUCUCGAGAAGGUUCUUGGUCAACUUGAUGUUCAGGUUGAGGCCGGUGUUCUCAAGAACAUCAUCGAAGAGGUUGAUUUGGAUAACUCGGGAUCAAUUGAAUUCAACGAGUUCUUGGAGGUGAUGGGUGGACUGAAGGAGCAUGCCAGCCGCACGGCGUUCUCAAAGAUUGUUGUUGAGGUUGAGAGUAAGCGGAAUGUUGACUAUGGUAUCAAGGCCAAGACCACCGACCGCAGUGGUGGCGGAGCUUAA